AUGACGUCGCCAAAAUCAGUCAAAGAAGUCCAACGCCUGACAGGAUGUCUAGCGGCCCUGGGGCGGUUCUUAUCAAGGGCAGGUGACAAGUGUCAUUACUUCUUCGGCACAAUCAAGAAGAAGAGCAAAUUUGAAUGGACUGAGGCGGCAGAAACUGCCUUCGUCCGAUUAAAAGAACACCUCCACACCUUACCUCGGCUUGUCAGUCCUCUUCAGGGGGAAACUUUGUAUGUGUAUUUGGCCAUUUCUAAGUGGUGCUUGAGUGCUGUCUUGCUAACUGAAAGGGAGGGAGUGCAACUCCCCGUCUACUUUGUGAGCCAUGUCCUGCAAAACGCUGAAUUAAGAUAUUCUCCAAUUGAGAAGUUUGCACUUGCGCUGUUUAUGGCCAGCAAGAAGCUGCGCCCUUACUUUCUGGCACACAAACUAGUGGUAUACACAGACCAACCUUUGAAACAACCCCUUACUAAGCUAGACGCUGCUGGACGAAUGCUGAAAUGGGCAAUUGAACUUAAUGCAUUUUAUAUCUCAUAUGAGCCUCGAAAAGUUAUCAAGGGACAAGCAUUUGCUGAUUUCAUUGCAGAAAUGACGAGGCCGACUUUUGAAAAGAAUGUGGCGACUCGCUGGACAGUCUAUGUAGAUGGCUCGUCAACCCAGAACGGGUGUGGAGCCGGCAUAAUAUGUCAAUCUCCCGAAGGAGACAAGUAUGAGUAUGUCAUGAGAUUCAAUUUCCAAACAUCCAACAACGAGGCAGAAUACGAAGCUUUAUUAGCCGGCAUAAAAAUGUGCAAAGCCGCUGGAGCUCAAGAAAUACUUGCCUUCUCUGACUCUCAACUCAUUGUGAGUCAAGUAAAUGGGGACUAUGAGGCAAGAGACCCUAACAUGAUCAAAUAUAUGCAAGUUAUGCAUCAAGAAAUAGAACAUCUAAAGAGCUUUGAAGCUAAGCAGAUUCCCAGAACGGAGAACAAUCAGGCCGAUGCCCUGUCAAAACUAGCUACCUCGGCUUCCUGUGAUACACCGCGUCACGUGUUCUGGGAAGUAAAAGAUAAGCGAAGUAUUGAGCAGGAAUUGUGCGCUCCUAUGGUAGCUAUUCUGGAUCGGUCGUCAACCUGGAUGGACCCUAUCAUUGCUUACAAAGUGGACGGUUCGCUUCCGGACGACUCAAGUCUGGCCGCCAAAAUACAAAAGAAGAGUUCUUGGUUUGAAUGGUGGAAUGGAGUUUUGUACAAAAAGUCAUUUUCUAGACCUCUCCUGCGGUGCGUCACUCCUGAGAAAGGAAAGGAAAUUCUAGACGAUUUGCACCAAAGAUUAUGUAGCUCCCACAUUGGAGGACGAGCCCUGGCAGAGAAAGCUUUGCGAACUGGUUAUUAUUGGCCCACUUUGAGAGAAGACGCCCUAGCCAUGGUGCAAAAAUGUGACAAGUGCCAACGGUUUGCUCAUCUCAUCCACAGGCCGGCCCACCCUCUCACUCCUAUUAUGAGUCCCAUUCCGUUUGCCAAGUGGGGAAUGGACCUGUUAGGGCCAUAUACAACGGCCCCUGGGGGCCGACGCUAUGUGAUAGUGGCUGUUGAUUACUUCACCAAGUGGGUUGAAGCAGAGGCUCUCAAGAACAUAAAGACAAGUGAUACCACGGCAUACACAGCUGCUUUGCCUCUGUGGGACGACCUCAAGCCAAUGGCCAAGUCGAAGCCUUUAACAAGAUUAUCUCCGAGGGGAUCAAGAAGAAACUAG